AAACAUAUGAAGCAUUUCUUACCGCUCGGGCAGACGGAGCAAACUUCCCUAAAGAGUUAAAUCCGUUUGUCUCUGGGGGCGACUAGCGUCAGACCGAUCAACGGUUCCCCGUUCACUGUUUAAGGUGCGGUGCGGGGGAGCCAGAACACACACGGGACCGAGCGGCAGCCCGCACAUCGGACGACUAACCAGCCGGACACGCGCUGGACGCGGGGGAUGCGGCGGUAAUUCAGCGCGAGCCCCGAAACUGUUCACUAAACUUGUGAGCGUGUGGCGCUCCCUUGGCUGGAGUGAGUCAAAGGAGCUUCAGAAACAAAGCUACCGGCUGGAGCAAGAUCAAGAAGAAGAAAUGUGGAGGCACAUCCGGGCAGAUGGAGAACUUCAUUCUAUAUGAGGAGCUUGGGGGAGGCAAUAGCUCUGUUGUUUACAAAGGAAGACGGAAGGGCAGUCUCAACUAUGUAGCCAUCAUCUGCACUGACAAAGACAAGAGACCAGAAAUCACAAACCAUGUACGUCUGAGCCAUGAUCUGAACCAUCAAAACAUAGUGCGCUUUUAUGAGUGGUAUGAAACAGUCAACCACCUGUGGUUGGUAGUGGAACUCUGUACAGGUGGGUCCCUGGAGUCUGUGAUUAGUCUGGAUGGAUGCCUGUCAGAAGAUGUGGUGAGGAGGUUCGGAUGGGACUUGGUCAAAGGACUGAAACACAUACAUGAAUUAGGCAUCGUCUUCUCUGACUUGACCCCUGCUAAGAUCUUUCUGGAUGGCAACGGAAUCCUGAAAUUUGGUAACUUCUGUCUCUCUAAGGCCGAGGGAGAGACAUUAGAGAGUUUCUUUAACUUGCUCUAUACGUCUGAGGAUGCAGGGGAAGAAGAUGGCAAGGAGAAGUUUGAUAACAUGAGAAAAAGAUUGCAAGGUUCUCCAACUUACAGGGCCCCGGAGGUUUUGCAAGGGUCAGAAACCAGUAUGCGCUCUGAUUUCUGGGCUUUGGGGUGUGUACUUCACUACAUGUUCUCUGGUAAACCUCCGUUCCAUUCUGAUAACUACAGCGAACUAACAGAAAUGAUUUUACACCAGGAACCAACACCUCCCAGACAAGCAGCUAGCCCUUCAAGUGAGGACUUCCAGAAUCUGCUGAGAGGCUUGCUCCACAAAAACCCCAAUAAGAGAAUGGACUGGCCUGACCUGCUGAACCACUGUUUCUGGACUCAGAUACUGAAUGAGGAAGAAGAUCUGAAUAAAAGGCAAUUGGAAGAGGAGAUUGAAGAAAAAAACAAUUUUUUAAAGGAAGUUGGAUCAGCUAGCUUAAGACACACAAGGAUGUCUCAGUCAUUCCCUCUAGGACAGGAAGAUACGCUUGCAAAAAGCAAGAAACUAACCUCGGCACAGGCAGUGACGGGAAAGAGCCAACAAGCUGUGAGACACACCGCCCGUGGAGCCUUAAGGAACAGUCAGAGCUUGGACAGUGAUUCUGGAGGAGAGGGAGAAGCAAACAUAGAUGACCCUAAGCUAAUUGUGAUGAAGAACCUGUGCCACACAGCGCAUUCCAGUAUCACUUUAGAUAAUGUGUCAGAGCUCAAACCCAAAUCUGGUGUAAAUGAAGACAACACUGAGGGCAUCUUUCUGCUCAGCUCUCAUGCCAAUUCUAGAAGACACUGCAGUAUUUCAGAGACUCCAGGCCAGAACACCCUUCUACAGGCCAGUUGUGGCUCUGACAUCACAUCAUGUGUAAAAGAUCUUCUUUACACUGACUCUGAUCUGACUGUGACUCCUGUACUAGACAACCCUAAGAUUCUAAAGACUCCUCCUGUGCGAUUUGAUUCAAAAACUCUUUGUGUACCAGCCUAUUCAGUUGAGAAGUUGCAUUCCUUCAGUGCUGAACAGUGGAGCGUCUUCAUUUCACAGCUCUGUUCACUCCUUGAAGACCAUAAUUCCUCCACUCCUCCUCGUCCCACUGCCUCUCGCACUAGACUCAACCUGCACUGUUACCUCUGCUGUGUCGUUGGACAUAAAGUUAUUGCAAACAGACUGAUUAACUCACCUUUGCUUCCAGUAUUGACCCGGCAGUUACAGCAAGCUUCUAACUGGGAUGUGCGGUGUAAGGUUCUUAGAGUGAUUGGUCUUCUGGCACUGCACUGUACCGAACUAAGAGAGGAUAGUUCAGUUUCAGAGGCUGUGUCCACAUUGACAGACCUGUUGAGGGACAAUCUGAGGAAUAAUAAACUAAAGCAGUUUCUGCUGCCACCACUUGGGGAGUUCCUCUACCUCAUUGCCUCUCAGGAAGAGAAAAGAGGCUCCCCAGAGGGACUGUGGUUCGUUCCCGCUGCCGCCUACACUGGCUUAAUGAGGAGCCUGCGGGAAGGGGAUGAUUUUGUAGUUCAUCACAUGGCUGCAAAAAUCAUUGAGAACAUCUCUGCCACGGAUUCUGACUCCUCUCGCCAGUUGGGCACGACAGAGAUAGGCGCCGCUUUGUGGUAUCUGUUCACUCAUUCCACUGUGGAAGCUGUCAGAGUCACUGCCAUUUCUUCUCUUUCUAGGCUAACCCGGGUGGUCCCAGCAGUCUUUCUGGCAGUGAUUGACACCUGUAGCCCAGCAGCCAUAUUGGAUGGUCUGGGUGGAGCAGGGGCCAGGGUGCAACAGCACCUGCUCACUGCUAUGGCCGCUGCCUUAAUCACCUCACGUGUCCACAUACACCGAGUUACUCAGAGCACGGAUUUGGUGUUGAAGGUGAUGCGUUGUCUCGAGAGUCCAUCCACAGUAACUAGAGCCAAAGCGUUUCUGCUGCUCGUCUUGCUGAUACAAGACAACACACACACACUGCUUUACUGCUGUCAACACAGACUUGUAAUGUACCUUGAGAGAGACCUACGCAAAGCCACGCCUAUCAGAGAGAAUCCUACCCAAUCAGGAUACCUGUCUCAAUGUCUGGAAUUAAUGGUUGUACAUUUGUGUAGCACAGCACCAUGUAUACUAGAGAAGGUCCUAUGUGCAUUACAAGAUGUCAUCGGGAGGAGACACCCAUCGACAGCUCAGAGCAGACAGCUAAAGCACACUUUGCCUACAAUGUCUGUACUGAUGGAACUUCUUUCCUCACAGGUCUUUAGGUCUCAUAUUGUAUCUGAUGAGUUUCUAGCUCAACUCGGCUUGCUCCUUAAUUGCAUCAAUUCUAUAGAGUCCAAUGAAACAAAUCUUGCCAGUUCUUUAGGCGCAGCAGUUUGUGAGGAGUUUAUAAGAGCAACUUUGUCCGUUGUAGAGGUUCUGAGUCAGCACCAUGCACUCAUCGCUCCACAUCAUAGCACUGUUGUAAUUGCUCUCCUGCCUCCUCUGACAACCCUGGUUUUCAGCAUAAAUGUGGAGUGGUCUGUGUUUGUUUUGAGGGUGCUGACUGAACUCAGUCUUAUCCUGCUGAUCCAGGAUGGUGAUGCUCAUGAGGAUGAGGAAAAAAUGGAAAGAGGAAGAGAAACUGAAGGAAGGAAUGAAGAAAACUCUUUAAAUUCAGUCUUGGCUCUCAUCUCUAAAUCUUUGCUUCCAAGGUAUGAGUCUCUUCUUCAGGCAGCAGCACCUAUCCCACUCUAUGCACUCAAACUGCUGGUGUCAAUGACUGAGCACAGCACACGAACCUGCAGGUUGAUCAAACACAGCGGGAUCUUACUGACAGUUUUUCAGCUGAUUAUGGCCAGUGGUAAUAACGUCACAAGUGGGAUUGUCCAGAAUGCAGUUGCCUUGUUGUGUAACCUUAGUGGAGACACAGUUUUAGACCUGGAACCACUACACCACCAAGGGCUAAUAAAGGUGGUGGUCAGCACACUAUCUGAAGCUGCACUGGUCUACGUAGAUGGAAAGGCGCAUGCUGGAAAGAAGAGCAGCCAUCUUGUCCUACCAGCUCUUCUGGAACUGCUUCACAACAUCCUCAAACAAACAUCAACUGUGGUUCGCUCUGCACUUCAGACCCAGAGGCUAUCUUGUCCAGCAGUGGAGACGGAGGCAGCAGAGAAGCUGCUCCUAGCCAAUAGACCCCUGAGCCAACUCAGCACACACCUCAUUCAGAUGCUGUCUACUGAAAACCACGAGAUUUGGGAGGAGUCUCUUCAGUGCCUGUCCUUACUGGUUCAGCUGUACGGUGGAGAGGCUCACGACUGCCUCUCACCUUCCUGCUUGCAAAGCUUUUCAAACGUGCUACACACACACAUGCACAGUGAGGCCUCCCGAGUACAGCGCACGACACUUAGGAUCAUCAAACGGCUGGUGCAGACCACAGGCCAGUCUGAUGGGUUCGAGUGUCCUGAAGGGGAGAUGCUAGUGAGUCUACUUCAGGAUAUAACCACGUCCAACAGAUGCCAUGAUGAUGUGGUCUCACUAGCUGCUGAAAUUCUCCAGGAGAACUCUGGAUCCAAGCAUUUAUGAUUUUUAGUGCACCCUUCAAAUAAACAUGGUCCAAACCUUUUUUACAGCCAGAACCUAUUUUGAUUGAUAGUGAUAGAUAGAUUGAUGUGUAGGUAACUCCUUAUUGAUUGCUCUAAAGCUAGAGAUUAUUUAAACGUUUUGCCUAAAAUAUUCUUAACAUGCUUCUUAAUAAAGUUUGUUAAUAGAG